AUGGGCGUCUCUCAAGUGAACCAAUCCUUCCAGAAUGACGGCAACUUCUCCGAAAUCGACCUUCUAGACGUCCAACAUGGAGGUCCCAUCAUGCGUCUCGAAACAUUCCGUGCCAGCCACCCAACGGGUGCCUAUUCCUACACGGCCUCUGGGACUCCCGUGGAAGCUCUUGCCGGGGAAGAACAUCUCGGAGAAAACAGCAACCGCACCUUCCGCAUGACUUUCUCUACCGGCCAGCUAGAUAAAGUCCUGACUACCUUGGAGAUGCGUGAGUUCUUUGACGAGGAUGGCCACUACUCUGUCUACAUGCGCGACGUCGACGGCAACAGUGACACCUUCGGCUCCACUCUAAUUUCCAACGUCACGCCAAAGGAUAACAGCAUCGAGAUCGAGUACAAGAUUACGGCACCGGAUGACGCCAUUGAGAAGAAGGUCCUGUACUCUCCCCAACCGGCUCCCCUGACAGAACAAGUGCCCAGCUUGGUCGACAUAUCCGAAGUUGAACAGCUCAACACUGCCAAAUCCAUAAAGGUUGACAUGUCCCUUGACAAUUCCAAGAAUAAAUCAGCCAAUGAACAUCUCUUGGCUUUCGGCAAGGACGUCCGCAAUGCAUAUCCAACAUUUGCCAAUAACGUCCAGACGUACCUCCGCAUGGGCGACUUCCGCGACAAGUGCAUCCAUCACGGCACGAACCUGACAGGAACUAACCCUCUGCUGGCUGCUGAGUUUAUUCCCUUGCGCAACUAUCGAGUCAGUCUCAUCAUGUCUGGCAAGGUCAUGGAUCCUAACAUGAGCGCUGGUGCCUCUCAUACUCACCUUACGGCACCAUUAAACCACGACAACAAGCCGGGCAGUUAUACGCCUUUUCUAGUUGCGUAUGCGGCCAAUGUGGUCCUUCACCAGUUGGGCAUUGAUAAGGUGCACUCGGACUACGGCGGCAUCCCGAUGAAGCUUAAACCCGGCAGCCGUCUCGAAACAGGAGUGUCUCCUCUCGUUGACUCCACGAACUUCAAUCACGCUCUCAGUCUCGUAAGCGCGCUGCUUUACGCACCAGAUGCGCUUCCAAGCCUCAAGGCGACAAAGCCGAAGAUCUUGGAGUUCGGUGUGCGUCGCAAGCUUGCGAUUGUUGAUCACUAGGAGAUCGGGGGAGGUAUUGAACUUGGAAGCGGUUAGCAUUGUUAGGAAAGCGUAU